CGCACAACUUUUCCCUUUCAUCUCUCUGACCCCUUUCCUCUUCCAAACAAGAAACCUUUUUCUCUCGACCAUGGCAGGCCAUUACCAUGCCAUUUUUGUGCAAGUAUUAUCUCUUUCUACCUUUGUCUGAGCGUAUUUUAAUGUCUCUGUCCUGUUUCGUGUUUGGAUAGUACCUUAAAUCUCGAAGCCAGAGUCUCGGUCUCUCCAUUUUCGGGCAAGAUCUGAAUCAAAUCACGUGAGUUUCGUCCUAUUCUAUAACAUUUAAGUUUCAAAAUGACCUCUGACCAAGAGCUUGAUCUCGUUUUUCCGCUCAAGAGUCCGCAAACCCUAGUCUUUUCCACCUAUAUAUAUGACAUAUAUCUUCAGCAAAAAAGGAGGAGAAAAAAGACUGGUUGGUGAUACGCGAGUGUUUUGUUACAAAGUUUUGAGUUCUUCUUUUUAAUCUGGUCUUGAACCCUUUAAAUCAGAAAACACUUUUUGUUGAAAUAUGAGAUUUGUGAUGAAAGGUUAAGUUUUCGACGAUUCGAUUAACUUUCGUCGUUGUUCGGCAAAAGAACUUUAACUACGACAGAGGCAAUUUAAUUUUUUACUCGAGUUUCGAAUCUGUUCAUAACGGGAGAGUAGAUUUGAGGUCGUCGAUGCCCCGUUCGCUGCACCGCCAACAGAUGGCAGGUGAAAAAAAGCGUAAGAAAACAAAGAAGGCUAAGGAGACGGGGGUUUCCCAGAGACCACCACAAAACCUUGUGAUUAGAGAUAGAAGCCCGUCGCCACAUCUCCCACCACGCGGUGCUCCAUUGCCUUAUGAUCCCCUCAUGAACGACAUUGCAUAUAGUCUUCCACCUCCAUACAGCUUUGGUCGGCCCUAUAUGGCUCAACGCGAGGGCUUUACUGAGGCGCCUCCCCAAAGCCCCUCGAUGAUGUCCACACCAGGUUAUCCUACCCCACGGGGCUUCACAUGGUAUACUUCCGGAUCUCAGCAGGCUACGUCUAGUGGUACUCCGACGGCCACUCCUAGCCCGACUGCAUCACAUCAUUCUUCAUCAUCUACUGAAUAGUACAAUAUUACGGGUCCUGAUCUUCGAGAAAGUAGAUCUGCGCCGCACACUCCUACCGCGAAUGACUUACGUGGAGGUUUAAGUGCUUCACAACUAGAAUCUUAUGAUUCAUCAGGGCGACUCAUCAUCGAGCCUGCAGGAUACGGUCGUUGGUUACCAGACAAAGCUUCAAGACUCCUUACGGAUGAGAUAGAAAAACUAUUUAAAGACUCACCUACUUGGGGCCAGAUGUCACCAAAUCGCCAGAGACAGAUCUAUUAUGCAUUUAAGGAAAAAUGUGUCUGGCGCCCGGAACAUGAGAAGCAGCUAGCCCAAAACUUCAUGAAGAAAGCUCAGCGCUUACUAAGUGACAUGUUAGGAAGGGUUCGUGAAUCUAAUAAGAAGCCCAAGUGGAUCCUUCCUGAAAACUAUGCCAAGCUACUUCAUUACUGAGCAACUAAUGAAAGAUUCUUACAACUAAGUGACAUAGGGAAGAAGGCUAGAAAUUCGACGAAGGGUGGCUCCCUACACACUAGUGGGGCUAUGAGCCAAGAGGCCGUGAGGAGGAAGUUGGAACUAAAACGGGGGACGCCAGUGCCUCAAGAUGAGGCGUUCAAGAUCGCUCACGUGAAGAAGAAGGCAAACACUAAUGAUCCAGACCAGUGGUGUGAGGAACGGGCUGAGCGGACCUACAAUCAAUAUCAACAUUCAAAGGCAGAGUUUUUUCGUACUCAGCCACCCAACACACAACUGCCAGAAGAACAAAUGGAGGAAAGAUGGCUUGAGAGUGUUGGUGGUCCCACUAGGUUUGGCACAGCUUACGGAAUGCCACAUCGUGCAUUUCGUCAAUACCGGUCACCCUUGGAAGGCCUACAUUCUUCCAAUACCGAGUCGUUUGAUAGAGUGAGUGCUAUGGCCAUGGAACAAAAGAUUGCCGAGCUAUCUAGCCAACUACAGGCCUCAGAGGAAAGGGAGAGGCGAAGGGAUACGCAGUUUGACGGUAUGAGGGCCCAAUUAGAUGCAUUACUUGCUUCGAGGGGGAUUCCCUCAUGUGCUGAUGAUGCUCGUAACCCCCAUACUCAAUGUAGUGGUGCGGAUGAUGAUGGGACUCACCCGUCAAACACACAAAGGCAUGCUUGAAUGUUAAUGUUGUGGUGGAUUUGUGGAUUGUGUAAGUGUUUUGUGGAUGUUUGCGAGGGGUGAAGUAGUCUAGUGUUGUAGACUAACUUAGUGUAAGUUAGUUUAAUGUUUUGUGGAUGUUUGCAAAGGUUGAAGUAGUUUAAUGUCUCUUUUGAAUGUUUGAAUGACGUUUUGAUUCAACUUUGAAGUAGUUUCGAAUUGAAUUUGAUGUAUUGGUGGUUGUAGUAUAUGUGUUUGUUGAAGUUGCUUAAUGUUUUAUGUAUUUGUAGUAGUUUGGUGAA